UUGAAAUAAACAUCAUACACACGAGUCACGUACUUUUUUUCACUUAUAGAUAAUUUAAAAUUUAUCGUCAUGAGCGAUCGCAACGAGGAGAAGGAAGAAACCAAACAAAAGGAGUUCCAGAGACCUUCGGCUGAAGGUGCGCCAGGGGGUCGGCAGCCUCCUCCAAGUCGGUACAUUCAAACUACUGAGGACAGCAAGGACUCCACUUUUGAGAAAUGUGCCGUGGCACUUUGCUGGUUUCUUGUGGCCAUAACAUUACCCUUUUCCUUAUGCUGCUGUAUAAUGACAGUUCGCGAAUACGAUCGAUUAAUUAUCCUACGCCUGGGUCGUCUAAGAAGGGGUCUCCGGGGACCAGGAUUAGUGUUUUUUUUACCCUGCAUCGAUGACAUCCACAGGGUGGAUAUGCGAACCGAUGUCGUCAACGUUCGUCCGCAGGACGUGCUCACCAAGGACUCAGUGACGAUCACCGUGAAUGCAGUGGUGUACUUUUGCAUCUACAGUCCCAUUGAUUCGAUCAUCCAAGUGGACAAUGCCCAGCAGGCCACAGAGAUGAUCUCCCAGGUCACGCUGCGUAAUAUCGUGGGAUCCAAGACGCUCCAUGUCCUGCUGACCUCCAGGCAGCAACUCUCCCGGGAAAUCCAACAAGCGGUGGCCGGGAUCACAGCUCGCUGGGGAGUUCGUGUGGAGCGAGUGGAUGUGAUGGACAUCAUAUUGCCCUCCAGCUUGGAAAGAUCCCUGGCCAGCGAGGCUGAGGCUGUGAGAGAAGCUCGUGCCAAAAUUAUCUUGGCCGAAGGUGAGCUUAAGGCCUCGAGGGCUCUAAAGGAGGCCUCCGAUGUGAUGUCCGAAAACAGAAUUACACUUCAGCUGAGGCAUCUGCAGAUCCUGUCUUCGAUCGCCUCGGAGCGACGUGUUAGGAUCAUUUACCCCAUUCCUCUAGAGAUAAUGGAGCCGUUUAUGAGUAGCAAAGAAAACACGAAAAAUAAGAAAGACGGCGGUGAAGAUGGCCCUGGUGGUAGUAAGGACACCAAAAAAAUAGAAGGAGGAGGUGGUGCUGCGGAAAGUAGUACCGAAACUAGAAAGGAAGGUGGUGGUCAUGGUGGUGGCGGAGUCCUGUCUAAUUUCUUCUUUAGUGGUAAGGAAGAGAUAAAGCCAAACAUUAAAGAAGAUGUCAAGCCAACGGAACCAAAUGAACCUGGCACCUCAAAGAGUGUAGUAAAAGUUGCAAGAGAUGAACUAUUAUUAAAUAUAGCAAAAGAUGAAAGUCAGAUAGUAAGGACAGAUGAACAAAAUCAGAGACCCACAUAUGUUGCCUAUGAGUUCGAGCGUGUUAAACGGAGUCCUGCGAACUUUACCUCAAACGAUGCCAGUGCCAAGAAGACCCCGAUGCAAAGUUCGCCGCAAAGGCCAGGGGGCCUGGCGUUUAUGGACCUGCAAUCUUAUCGGGACUUCCUGCGAACUCGUCGGUAAUCAGCCGGCGGGCUGGCAGCCCCCUGGCAGCAGGACAAUGGAAAGGCCAAGCGUGAAAUGAGCAACAGUCACGUCAGCCGAUGGGGCCACAAACUUGAUUGAAGGGCAUUAUCCUCAACCUCAUCCACUGGGGCGACAUUGGCACAGCCAUUGAAGGGCCUCCAAGCGGUUUUUGUGACACGAUAAAAAAUAGCCAAAUGCUUGGUAUUUUUCACUCGCGGUGAGAAUGGAAUCUCGGCUGGCAAUUUAUCUCUUUUAAUAAAUUGGAAGUUUUCGAGUCGAUAAUUUAA